AUGGUGGGUCAAAAGAAAAAAACCAAAACUUGUGGCAAAGGGUCACAAGAAGACAUGAUAAGCAAGUUACCUGAUGCUUUGAUAGCUGAGAUACUCUAUCAUCUUCCCACAAAGGAUGCUGUAAUAACAAGCGUUUUGUCCACAAGAUGGAGGAGUCUCUGGCAAUGUGUUCCUGGAUUAGACUUAGAAUCUCACGCAUUCUCGAAUUCUGAUGCGUUUGUGAGUUUUGCUGAGAUGUUUCGGGAGUCAUUAGUGAUACGCAAACUCCGGUUAAGAAUUCAUUAUGGGGAUUCUGAUGGUAAUAUGCCCUCCCUCAGCUCAUGGAUUGAUUCUUUAACUGCGUCUAUGCGUAAGAUUCAGCAUCUCGAUUAUGAUGCCUGUUAUUGCAAGAGUGCGAGCAUAUUUACCUGCAAGACGCUGGUAUACUUACGACUCCGCAAGUGGUUCACCUCGGUUAAUGCAAAGUUUGUUUCUUUACCUUGCCUAAAGGUCAUGCAUUUAGAAUUUAUUUUGCAUCUCAAUGGGGCGGUUUUGGAGAAACUUAUCUCAGGAUCUCCAGUUUUGAAGGAUCUCCUCAAUUACUUCUCUAUAGCUGAAUUGAUUAAGGAGCGUUCCAUGUAUUAUGAGAUCAUAGAACCAAAGGUGAUGUUUUCAACAGUGCCUGGGUGUUUGGUAUCAUCGCUCAGGUUUGUGGAAUUGAGACGUUCGAUCUCAGGGUAUGAAGUAGAAAUGGAGUUAGUAAGAUACUUCCUGAAGCACUCAAGAAUCCUGGAGAAAUUAAGGCUUGAUAUUUACUAUACGAAAAUGGCAAAAUGUGCCUUCCUUACCGAACUCGUUGCAAUGCCAAGAAGCUCUAGCGCUUGUCAAGUCAUUGUUCUCUAA